GGGAGCUUGACCCUAGCAACUGUGUGCACGGUCCGUGACAAUAGACUUAAUUCCCAUCUACAAACCUGACCUCCCAAAAACCCUAAUUUUCCCCGGACCAGCCACCCCAUAUAAAACUCUAAUUUUCUUCUGUUAUCAGUCAUCUCGGGACUAACUCUACAUCCCUGAAAAGCCUUGACAAAAAAAUGGCAGAAAGAGGCGGAGGAGAACGUGGCGCCUUUAGGCGUGGCUUUGGCGGCGGCAGAUCCGACCGUGGUCCAAGAGGCAGGCGCCGCGCCCGCAAGGACGAAGAGGAGAAAUGGGUCCCCGUUACAAAACUCGGCCGUUUAGUGAAAUCUGGAAAAAUCACAUCCCUCGAACAAAUCUAUCUCCACUCUCUCCCCAUUAAAGAGUACCAAAUCAUUGACCAACUCGUUGGCCCUUCCCUGAAAGACGAGGUCAUGAAGAUCACUCCAGUCCAGAAACAAACACGUGCCGGUCAGCGUACUCGUUUCAAGGCCUUUGUCGUUGUUGGCGAUGGAAAUGGACACGUUGGUUUGGGAGUAAAGUGUAGCAAAGAAGUUGCGACGGCUAUAAGAGGAGCGAUAAUAUUGGCGAAGCUGUCCGUGAUACCGGUGAGGAGAGGGUACUGGGGGAAUAAGAUCGGGAAACCUCAUACAGUUCCGUGUAAGGUUACUGGGAAAUGCGGGUCUGUUACUGUUAGAAUGGUGCCUGCUCCGAGGGGUGCCGGGAUUGUGGCUGCUAGGGUGCCCAAGAAGGUGCUUCAGUUUGCUGGGAUUGAAGACGUUUUCACUUCUUCCAGGGGAUCUACUAAGACUCUUGGUAACUUUGUCAAGGCCACCUUUGAGUGUCUUCUGAAAACUUACGGUUUCUUGACCCCUGACUUUUGGAGAGAGACUCGCUUCACAAGGUCUCCAUUCCAGGAGUACACUGAUCUGUUGGGAAAGCCAACAAAGACUCUUAUAAUUGAAGAUGUGGAGAGGGUGGAUGUGUGAUGGAGAUCAUCGAGUCAUUAGUAAGAUGUGGCUUCAAUAUCUAGGGUAGUAAUAUGAAGUUCCUUUUAUGUUUGUUAAAAGGAUGCUAUCAUCACUUUCUUGCUUGAUUGGUUUUGUCAUGAGAUAUUCAGUAUCUGUUUCAGCAACUGCAGUUUUGUUUUUCUCCAUCUGGAUUCUUUAUAAGAGUGUGGUUACAUGA